GUCCACGGGGCCGGCAGUCUCUCCCUCCCCGUCUCUCGGUGUCUUGUCAGCGGCAGCGCCGUCGUCGUGCCCCCGCCCUGCCGGCCGGCUCCCGGCGGAUGAGAGGAUGGUCGAGUGGAGGAGCGAAUGACCGCGAGGUGCUCGGUAGCGGUUAUGGCCCAGCGACGACGGGACGGCCGCCUGACGAGCGAGUGAAGGCGGCGGCAGGGACCGGAAGGUGCAACCAUGUGGCUCUAAGUCUCCGGCCGAGCCAGCGAGGAGGAGCGAGGACAUCGGCUGGAGUCGGCCAUGGGGAACACGGCCAGCAAGUUCCGCAAGGCGCUGAUGGGCGGAGACGAGGCGCUGGCCUGGCAGCUGUACGAGGGCAACCCCCAGUUCAGGGACGGCCUGGACCCCAACGCCUCGUACGGCGAGCAGUACCAGCACAACACGCCGCUGCACUACGUGUGUCGCCACGCCAUGACGCGUCUGCUCAGGUGCUUCUUGUUCAGCAAAGAGGGGAACCCCAACAAGCGUAACGUGCACAACGAGACGUGCCUGCACGUGCUGUGCCAGGGCCCGCUCAUCCUCCUGCUGCCUGAGGGGGCGCUGUCCCCGCGACUGGCCCGCCCCCAGAGGGACGAGCAGCGGCGUGCGGACGGCCUGCAGAUGAUCCUGAGCUGGACGGGGGCGCGGCUGGAGGGCGGCCGGUACGAGAAGGCCAACGUCAACGCCACCGACAACCGCCACAGCACCUGCCUGCACUACGCCGCCGCUUCCGGCAUGAAGAGCUGCGUGGAGCUGCUCAUCCAGAGCGACGCCGACCUCUUCACGGAGGACGACGACAAGCUGACGCCGUGCGACCACGCCGAGCGCCAUCGCCACACCGAGCUGGCCCUCAGCCUGGAGUCGCAGAUGGUUUUCUCCGCCUCGCCGGCGCCGCACUCCGACGCACGCGGCCCGGCCAAGCUGCCGCCGCACAAAGAGCCCUACGAGGGUCUGAAGGUCCAGGACCUCCGCAGGCUGAAGGACAUGCUCAUCGUGGAGACGGCCGACAUGCUGCAGGCGCCCCUCUUCACGGCCGAGGCCUUGCUCCGAGCGCACGACUGGGACAGAGAGAAGCUUCUGGAAGCCUGGAUGUCUGACGCAGAGGGCUGCUGCCAGCGCUCGGGGGUCACCAUGCCCACCCCGCCCCCCAGCGGCUACAACGCCUGGGACACCCUGCCCUCGCCCCGCACCCCCAGGACCCCCCGCUCACCCCUCACGCUCACCUUCACAUCGCCCACGGACAGCUGCCUGACGCCGGGGGAGGACGGCCUGGCCACGUGUGGCAUCUGCCUGUCCUCCAUCUCCGUCUUCCAGGACCCCGUGGACAUGUCCUGUGGCCACGACUUCUGCCGGGCCUGCUGGGAAGGGUUCCUAAAUGUGAAGAUUCAAGAGGGCGACGCCCACAACAUCUUCUGCCCCGCCUACGAGUGUUACCAGCUGGUGCCUGUGCACGUCAUCGAGAGUGUGGUGUCCAGGGAGAUGGACCAGCGCUACCUGCAGUUUGACAUCAAGGCCUUUGUGGAGAACAACCCUGCCAUCCGCUGGUGUCCUGCAGCACGCUGUGAGAGGGCGGUCAGACUCAGCAGACCUGGCCCGGGAGAAAGUGACGCCCACAGCUUCCCACUGCUGCCCUCCCCCGCUGUGGACUGUGGCAAGGGUCACCUCUUCUGCUGGGAGUGUCUUGGCGAGGCCCACGAGCCAUGUGACUGUCACAUGUGGAGGAAGUGGCUCCAGAAGGUCACGGAGAUGAAGCCGGAGGAAUUGGCAGGUGUGGGCGAGGCCUACGAGGACGCGGCCAACUGUCUGUGGCUGCUGACCAACUCCAAGCCGUGUGCCAACUGCAAGUCCCCCAUCCAGAAGAACGAGGGCUGCAACCACAUGCAGUGUGCCAAGUGCAAGUACGACUUCUGCUGGAUCUGUCUGGAGGAGUGGAAGAAGCACAGCUCAUCCACGGGAGGCUACUACCGCUGCACUCGCUACGAGGUCAUCCAGCAGCUGGAGGAGCAGUCCAAGGAGAUGACUGUGGAGGCGGAGAAGAAGCACAAGAGCUUCCAGGAGUUGGAUCGCUUCAUGCACUACUACACCAGAUUCAAGAACCACGAGCACAGUUACAAGCUGGAGCAAAAACUGUUGAAGACAGCAAAAGAGAAGAUGGAGCAGCUGAGCAGAGCCUUCAUCAGCCGUGAGGGUGCCACACCCGACACACGCUUCAUGGAGGACGGUGUGAGUGAGCUGCUGAAGACUCGGCGGGUGCUGAAGUGUUCCUACCCGUACGGCUUCUUCCUGCAGCAGGGCAGCACCCAGAAGGAGAUCUUUGAACUCAUGCAGACGGACCUGGAGAUGGUGGUGGAGGACCUGGCGCAGAAGGUCAACCGCUCCUACCUGAGGACGCCGUGCCACAAGAUGGUCAGCGCCGCUCGCCUGGUCCAGCAGAAGAGGCAGGAGUUCCUGGCCUCCGUCGCCCGCGGUGUGGCACCUAAUGACUCACCUGAGAUGCCCCGCAGGAGUUAUCCUGGAGGAUCCUGGGACUGGGAGUACUUGAACUUCACUUCCCCCGAGGCGGGGAGCCGCCACUCGGUGCCGGGACCGGGACCGGGACCAGGAGACCCACGAGAGAGAUCAUCACAGGACUUGGCUGACAUUCAGUACCGUCGACGGCACCGGGCGCGGCGCCGGGGCGACGUGCUGAACGUGCACCACCACCUGCGGAGCAGCAGCAACACGCCAGAGAGCAGCAGGCGCAGCGACGGCAGCACAGAUGGUGCGGAGAGGAGCGAGGGCCGCAGGAGAGCGCUGGGCUCCCUGGAGGACGACGACCCCAACAUCCUGCUGGCCAUCCAGCUGUCCCUGCAGGAGGCACGGUGGGAGCGGGGCCCGGGCGGGAGGGCGGAGCUUGAGCGAAAGGACCCGGACGACGUCAACCUGCACUCCCUCAACAGCGACAGAGCCAGAGGCCCUUCCUUUCCCCCGCGCCCCCCCAACAGGACAGACUCCGCCUCCCAGCCCCUGCCGCCGUCCACCUGCCUCCCCCUGCCCCCUCCGCCUCCCCCGCUCAGCGCCGAGCUGCUGAAACUGGGAGACAGCCUUAAGACACUCGGUGCCGCGCUUUACCACCCCGGCGGCCACGCCCACGGUGCUGACCUAGGCCAUGGAGAAUAUCCUCCCGGCGAGGCCUCCCCUCAGAGUCACUGCCACACGAGCAUGCGUCCGCCCGAGGCCGAGCACACUGCCCAAAACAAACAGGAAGAAGCGGACCAGCGUCCAAAGGCAGACCUGAACCCCCCUGCCCGCUUGUGCCUCCCUUCUCCGGAGUCGGAGUCAGAGCUGCUGCUGCUCUCUCCGGUCAUCCCACCGGGGGCCCCCUUCACCCCCAGUGACCCUGAGAGUCUGGAGCCCCUGGACCCCACCGCCAGCGCCCAGCUGCUGGACAACAUCAUGGCCUGGUUCAACCACAACAUCACCCCCCAGAACAACCCCCAGAGCCUGGCACUCAUCCCUUCGCCGCCCACCACCGAAACAGACUCCUCCCCGGACACACUCACCGAGAGCCUGGCCUCAAGCAGCGCCGCCCUGGCCCGGCAGCCCCCGGAGGACUCCUGUCCCAGCAGACCCAGCACCCUGGAGUUGGACAGCGGAACGCCCCGCCGGGCCACGCGGGAGGACGAGGCGGCGGCGGGCGACGGGUGUGUGGCGGGAACGUCGCCGCAACACGAGGACGGUCUCACACCCUCGCCACCGGCCUCGGAAAGAGACUUGGACCUGGUGCUCCAGUCGGAGGAGGACCAGUCGCCUGUGGAAUGGGAGGAGGAAAUCCACUUGGUGUGAGAAGGUGUUUCCUGUCGGAGGGAACCUGAAGUCUUUCAACAUGACUCCUCUUCUGCUGACCACUGGUUCCUGUUACAGACCACUGGUUCCUGUUCCAGACCAGGGGUUCCUGUUCCAGACCAGGGGUUCCUGUUCCAGACCACUGGUUCCUGUACCAGACCACUGGUUCCUGUUCCAGACCACUGGUUCCUGUUCCAGACCACUGGUUCCUGUUCCAGGCCACUGGUUCCUGUACCAGGCCACUGGUUCCUGUACCAGACCACUGGUUCCUGUUCGAGACCACUGGUUCCUGUUCCAGACCAGGGGUUCCUGUUCCAGACCAGGGGUGUCCAAACAUGCUAGGUCAAUCAAUACGUGCUAAUGUACGCCACUUUGCCCUAAAUGGCGCAUUUUCCAGCAUAAAAAUGUCUAAAUGAGGUGAAAAUAGUAAGACUACAAUAAUGUUGACCAGACUAAGUAUCCUCAACUUACAUUAGCAUGCUAACUUGACAUGCUAAUGCUAAUAUUAACAUGCUAACUUUAUUUAUCCAAUUUUACAGCGGAACACCUCAGAGGCACAUGACUUGGUGCUUGACACAUGCUAACUGUUAGCAUGCUAACAUUAGCAUUCUCGCAUGCUAACUAGCUUAGCCAAUUUUACACUCAAACACCAAAGCGUUAUAUAACUUGGUACUUGACACAUUCAAACUGUUAGCAUGCUAAUGUUAACAUGUUAGGAUUAUAACAUUAACAUGCUAACUUUUUUCACCCAAUUUUAACAACCGAGCACCUCAGAGGCAUAUGUCUUGGUGCUUGACACAUGCUAACUGUUAGCAUGCUAAACUGCUAACAUUAACAUGCUAACUUUUUCCAACCAAUUUUACAGCCUGAAAGUUAUAUAACUUGGUACUUGACACAUUCAAACUGUUAGCAUGCUAAUGUUAACAUGUUAAAAUGCUGACAUUAGCAUGCUAACUUUUUUUGGGCCAAUUUUACAGCCGAGAACCUCCGAGGCAUAUGACUUGGUGCUUCCAGCAUGCUAACUUUUUUAGCCAAUUUUACAUCCAAACACCUCAGUUAUACAACUUGGUACUUGACACAUUCAAACUGUCAGCAUGCUAACAGUUUGAGCUAAUAUGUCGUAUGCCUCAGAGGCACUUGACACAUGCUGUUAGCAUGCUAACAUUAGCAUUUUAGCAAGCUACCUUUUUUAGCCAAUUUAACAGGCAAACCCCUAAGUUAUAUAACUUGGCACUUGACACAGUCAAACUGUUAGCAUUCUAAUGUUAACCUGUCAGAAUGCUAACAUUAGCAUGCUAACCUUUUAAGCCAGUUUUACUGCCGAACACCUCAUAGGCAUGUGACAUGGCACUUGACUCAUGAGCAUGCUAACAUUGGCAUUCUAGCAGGCUAACUGUUUUAGCCAAUUUUACAGCCAAACAUCUAAGUUAUAUAACUUGGUACUUGACACAUACCAAUGGUUAGCAUAAUAACAUAAGCAUGCUAACUUCUUUUUUUUUUGCCAAUUUUGCUGGUAAACGCCUCAAACUCAUAACUUAGUACUUGAUCCAUGCUAACAUUAACAUGUUAGAAUUCUAACAUUACGUGCUAACUUUUAUAGCCAACCACGUCUUGGUACUUGCAACAUGCUAACUGUUAGCAUCCUUAUGUUAGAAUGCUAACAUUACCGUUACUUGUUAAGCCAAACACCUCAGAGUUAUAUGACUUGGUACGUGACGCAUGCUAACGUUAGCCUUCUAGCACGAUCAUUUUGUUAGCCAACUUUGCAGCCGAACACCUCAAUUUCAUACAAUUUCGACCUUGACAUAUGCUAACUGUUAACAUGCUAACGUUAGCCUUCUCGCACCCUAACUGUUUUGUCGUUUUUUGCAGCCGAACACCUCAAUUUCACAUAACUUUGAACCUGACACAUGCUAACUGUUAGCAUGCUAACUUUCUUUUAGCCAUGAGACUUGGCACUUGACACAUGCUAACUGUUAGCAUUUCAACGUUAGCCUUCUAGCACAAUAAUUUUUUAGCCAACUUUGCAGGGGAACACCUCAAUUUCACAUUACUUCGAACUUGAUCUAUGCUAACUGUUAGCGUGUGAGAUUGGCUACCAUUAGCAUGUUAACAGUUAGCAUGUAUCAGGUUCAAAGUUAUAUGAAAUUGAGGUGUUCGGUGGCAAAACAGUUAGCAUGCGAGAAGGCUAACGUUAGCAUGUUAACUGUUCUGCCACUGAACACCUCAAUUUCAUAUAACUUUCAACCUGACACAUGCUAACUGUUAGCAUGUGAGAAGGCUAACAGUAGCAUACUAACAGUUAGCAUGUAUCAGGUUGAAAGUUAUAUGAAAUUGAGGUGUUUGGUGUCUAAACAGUUAGCGUGCAAGAAGGCUAAUGUUAGCAUGUUAACUGUUUUGCCACCAAACACCUCAAUUUCAUAUAACUUUCAACCUGCCACAUGCUAACUGUUAGCAUGCUAAUGUUAGCAUUGAAGUGUGACUUGUGCAUUUCUCCCAAAAUUGCAUAUUCUGGGUUUUUUGUGCAAUGUUGGAAUGUGGAAGGUUUGAAUGUAAAAAUCAGGCAGCACUUUGGACACCCCUGGUGGUGCACUUCCUGCUGAUUGUCUGCAGGCAGGGAGUUGCAGCUGAAAAAAGUAAACAUCACUUUUGACUUUUUGUGUUCUCUGGCCCUUUUUUUGCCGAGACCCUGAGACGUUAUCUCCAUGGCAACAUCAGCAAAUAUGCAAAUAGAAGCUGUCACGUGACCAGGUGAGUCCAGCCAAUAGGAAAAGACUCUGGAGAAUCACUUUGAAGAAAAGAAGUUCAUUUUCGGGAGGGCACCCAAAAAAAAAAUCGAUCAUUUUCAUAAAUUGCUUUAAAACGUGUUUAGUUUAUUUGAAUAGGAAUACAUUUUUAAAAAGAGGUUUUAGAGCCCCCUGCAGGCGGUGGUGAGAGUUACAUUGCCACGAUGACGUCACGUCCCACUUCCUACUCAUCCACCCCGGGAAAAAAAAAAAAACAAUCAUCGGAACGUUUUGGUGCGUGGAGCCUCCAGCAUGUCAAAGGUGACACGCACUUCCCGUAUGACGUCACCACACUGCCAUCAGCGCACCUUCCAGGUGUGUUCCUUCUGCCAUGUCACGUAAACAGCUGCCGAUCAGAUGACGUCAUACAUUCACAAGUGUCAAAGUUGAGUCCAUUAAAAGGAAAAAGGACGAGUGCUGCUCUUCUUCCUACAAUGUUGACAUUGUAUAUAUACUUACAUGUUUAAAUGUAGAUAUAUUGACAUAGUAUAGAGCAGGGGUCGGCAACCCGCGGCUCUUUAGCGCCGCCCUAGUGGCUCUCUGAAGCUUUUUCAAAAAUGUAUGAAAAAUGGAAAAAGAUGAGGGGGGGAAAACAUUUGUUGUUUUGUUUUAAUAUGGUUUGUGUAGGAGGACAAACAUGACACAAACCUCCCUAAUUGUUACAAAGCGCACUGUUUGUAUUAAACAUGCU